UGUGUGCAAAGUAGUUGAGGAUACAAUGCAUCCCUCUGUCCAAGGUGUCGGCAGAUAAGUAACACGCAACACCCCCAUGAACCUGCGAGUCGUGCUUCGGCUACCCGGCAGAAGCGAACCGAAGGCAUCGCGUCUGUCACCGACGCGCACUACACCAGCAAUCCUUCCUUCCAGGUCGCCCACUAAUCACCUGCCUCCAAACACCCUUGACCCGCUCCAGCGCACGUUCCCUCCUCGUCAUCUUACUCUUUCCCACGCUAUCCUCUGUCAUCUUGCUCGCGUCGACGAUAGUAAACACCACCCCAAUAAUCAUCCCUUCUUAGUUCCUGAUUUACCUCAUCACCAAUCCAGGUAGCGCAACAAGAGCAUAGUACCCGUGAUUAUUUGGGCGUGCAACG